AUACUCUGAAUUUUUCGGGAGGAAUCAGAAGAAAGUGGAAUGAUACACAUACUCGAGAUUUGACUCGCUUUUUUCUGAGAAAAGACAGUUCUUUUGUCUGCAAUUGGUCCAAUUAUCGUCGCUCGGUGGUGGGCGCCGGCGGUUGCCGCAGAGCGACGUUGUUGUUACUGACUCUCCGGAGUCCUUGGCGGGAAAAGUCAAAGCCUUCAAAGAGGUGUCUCUUGCUUUGCUUUUUGUUGUUUUUCCAUUGGGUUUAGGCCGCCUCGUUUGGAUAUUGAAUUCGUUUCCAAAGAGAGAGAGGGGGAGAGAGGGAGAGGGAGAUGUACGUGGUUCCACCGCCAAACGGGUCGGAUCCGAACGCCGGAGCGGGCGAUGGCGCGGCCGUGCUCCGGAAAUAUCAGGCAUGGAAAGGCAGCAAUAUAUUUUUUCUUCAAGGGAGGUUUAUAUUUGGACCCGAUGUGAGAUCUCUUGCACUAACCAUAUUCCUUAUUGUAGCCCCUGUUGCUGUGUUCUGUGUAUUUGUUGCAAGACAUUUGAUGGAUGAUUUUCCUCAUCACUUGGGAAUAUCAAUAAUGGUUGUUGUAAUCGCAUUCACAUUAUAUAUCUUAGUUCUUCUUCUGCUAACCUCUGGAAGAGAUCCUGGCAUAAUACCUCGCAAUGCACACCCUCCAGAGCCAGAAGGUUAUGAUGGUACUGAAGUUGGGGCUGGCCAAACUCCACAGUUGCGUUUGCCUCGAACGAAGGAUGUGGUUGUGAAUGGAAUAACUGUGAAGGUCAAAUACUGCGAUACCUGCAUGCUUUAUAGACCUCCUCGCUGUUCACACUGUUCAAUAUGCAAUAAUUGUGUGGAACGAUUUGACCAUCACUGCCCUUGGGUUGGUCAAUGUAUUGGACUGCGAAAUUACAGGUUCUUCUUCAUGUUUGUCUUCUCCACAACUCUUCUGUGCGUGUAUGUAUUUGGAUUUUGCUGGGUCUACAUCAUGAGGAUCAUGGAUGGCAAGGAAACCACAAUUUGGAAAGCAAUGGCCAAGACUCCUGCCUCCAUUGUGCUAAUAGUUUACACUUUCGUAGCAGUAUGGUUUGUGGGGGGGCUUUCUGUCUUCCAUUUGUAUCUCAUCAGUACAAACCAGUCUACAUAUGAAAAUUUUAGAUACCGAUAUGACCGGCGAGCCAACCCAUAUAACAAAGGGGUGAUUGAGAACUUCAUGGAGAUAUUCUGCACCAGCAUUCCUUCAUCCAAGAAUAAUUUCAGGGCAAAAGUGCCAAAGGAGCCUGAAAUUCCAGCUCGGACAGUAGGUGGUGGUUUUGUUAGUCCGAUCCUGGGGAAAGACGCAGCUGACAUAGAGAUGGGGAGGAAGCCAUUUUGGGAUGAGGCUGCGGCAGAAGCAGGUGAAUAUGAAAGACAGCUCAGCAAUGAUGAUGGUGUGGACAAGGAUGGGGAAUUCACUGAUGUGUCCCCAUAUUCAAGCAGAGCACUUCAUGCAGAGGGCACGGAGGGGCCUGGUGCCUUGCAUCACAGGCGUUCUAGCUGGGGAAGAGCAAGUGGAAGCUGGGAUAUAUCACCUGAAGUUAUUGCAAUGGUAGCUGAAGUUGGAAGCGCAAAUCGAGUCAGUGGUGGCAGCACAAGCAGCGAGUCAGUGGUGGCAGCACAAGCAGCUUGACAAAGCCUACUGCCGGUACCAACUUACAGCCCAAAACCGCACAAUCCAUAAAUUCUACAUUGUAAAACUAAAAGGAGAAAAAAAGGCCAAAAAAGAGUUUUUCUUUUUCUUAUUCUUUUUUCCUUUUUCUUUUUCUAGAAAGGAAAGAGACGAAGUGAUGGUUUGGAAUGGGGUGUGGAUUGGGGGAUUGAUGCUCCUAGGCAGUCAAUCCUUCAUGUUACAGUGUGUUAUUAGUGUGGCAUUUGUUUUUGUGGAAUGUGAGGUUCUUGGGCUCUUGUAUUUUUUUAAGAAGGAAUGUGUGCCAUCAUGAGUUUCUUUA